GGAAACUUCUGCUUUACGAGUUUCAUCAGAGCAGGAAACUGAGAACACAACCACAGAGAGACGAGGCGACGAAGAGGUGAAGAACAAGAGAGGAGGCAUAAAGCCUGGGGAGGCCAGAGACUAUACAGAGGACGAGGAAGAGGAGGAGGAGGAGGGUCGUGAUGGAGGAGGACAUCAGGAAGCAGGGGAUGCUGUUCCUGCAGCAGCAGAGGUUCGGAAAGAAGUGGAAGCGUAUGUGGUGUGUUCUGUUCAGAGAAAGCUCCUGUUCGAUCUCCAGACUGGAGUUCUUCGAGAGUAAAGAUGGAGGGAGUGUGGAAAAGAGCGACAAGACUUUACGCAAACAGCAGGAACACAAGAAGGUGAUCCGUAUGUCAGACUGUAUCCGGGUCUCGGAGGUGGAGGUGGACGGAUGUCCUCGAGACACCGGACCGUUCCUGAUCGAGACCACGGAGAAGAUCUAUGUGUUCGCAUCGGAGAGGCUGCAGCUGGAGGACUGGACUCACAAACUGUGUGAGAUCGCCUUCCCUAUGAGUUGGACAGAGGGUGCGAAGAGAGGCAGUGUGCAGAGAGGAAGGGUGGAGGAGGAACAGGAAGUAAUGGAGGACAACUCUUUGUACAGCGGCAGACACACAGUGAGGGACUUCAGAGUGUGUGUGCGCAGGACGGAGGCCUCAGACCGCUGUCGGCUCAGAGGAGAUCGGUUCCUCCGGGCCGAUGAAGACGCUCUGCUCCUAUUGGACAAGAGCGGAGCGCUGCUAUACAGCUGGCCAUACAGAUACCUGAGACGCUUCGGGAGAGACAAGUCCAGCUUCUCGUUCGAGGCGGGGCGGCGCUGCGACUCUGGAGAGGGGAACUUUGAGUUCGACACCAGGGAGGGGAACUUCCUGUUCCAGGCGGUGGAGGCGGCCAUCAACCUGCAGAGGAUGCCCCCCCCCCAGAGACAGUCCUCCGCGGGGGGCGGGUCCCCAGAGACCCCCCGGGACCUGAACCCGCCCCUCGUCCGGACCCCCCCGCUGCCUCAGGGCCGGAAACAUAUCCCACAAUGCCCUGCAGCUCAGGAGGACGGUGUGUACAGCCUGGUGAAUGAAGCUCCUCCGCUGCAGACGCUUCAUCUGAAAGAGAAAGAGAGCCUCGCAGCUGCACAACAACCAGCACAGCGCCCCCCGCUGUGUCGUCUGGAGCCCCCUGUGGAUAAGACCCUGACGGCAGUAAAGAGUCUGUCUCUGGACCCCCGCGGGCCCCCGGGGCCCCGGAAGAACCUGAAGAUGAUCUCCAGCUGCCCGCUGCCCGACGCCGCCCCCCCCCCCGGACCAGACCUACUCUCAGGUGGCCCUGCCGGUGGACCGCGGCCCCCGCAGGUAAACAUGGGAAGUAGUGGAGUACAAAUACUUCGGGAGAAGCGCCCCCCCAAGGACCCGGAGUAUUCCCUCCCCUUUGACUCCCUCGCCCCCCCCCCCCUCUCCUCUCCUGUGAUUGGUCCUCCCCCCGAACACGACCCUCUCUACGACAGCAUCGACGAGAUGAAGAUCAGGAACGUCUUCCUCAGUGGCUCCAUCGAUCACAUCUACGACGAGCCCGAAGGCCGCGCCCCCCCCUCACAGAAACCCACCCCCCUCUCCCUGUACGAUGAGCCUGAGGAGGUGCGGGGGGGCGCCUGGAGGGUCAUGGGAACCCCCGAUGACCCCAAAGGUCACGAGUUCCCCUACAACCCCCGCGUGGACGACUACGCCGUGCCCAAACGACCUCAGAGGGCACUUCCUGUCGGCACCAACAAAGAAGAAGAAGAAGAAGAAGGAGAAGAACAUCGGAAGGGGGAGGAGCCAAGAGAGGAGGCGGAGGGUGAGGAGGAGGGGGAGGGGCUACAUGUAGAAGAGGAGGAGGGGCCAAACGACGAGGAAGAGGAGGAGCCAUACUCUCCGUACAACAACGUGAUGAUGAAACAGCUGUGAGCCGAUCAAACUGAGACCCACAACAACAACAACAACAACAACAACAACAACAACAGCAAACAGACAAUGAGGGAACAUUUAUAGGAAAUCAUUUGAAACUCCAGGAUCAGCGAGACGAGAACACAAACCUCACAGAUUGAUGAAAACAAAGUUCACUGUCUCCGUUUGACCCUGAAUCUCUCCAGAGGUCUCAAGUCUCUGUCAGACCCUGAAUCUCUCCAGAGGUCUCAAGUCUCCGUUUGACCCUGAAUCUCUCCAGAGGUCUCAAGUCUCUGUCAGACCCUGAAUCUCUCCAGAGGUCUCAAGUCUCCGUCUGACCCUGAGUCUCUCCAGAGGUCUCAAGUCUCUGUUUGACCCUGAAUCUCUCCAGAGGUCUCAAGUCUCUGUCAGACCCUGAAUCUCUCCAGAGGUCUCAAGUCUCUGUCAGACCCUGAAUCUCUCCAGAGGUCUCAAGUCUCUGUUUGACCCUGAAUCUCUCCAGAGGUCUCAAGUCUCUGUCAGACCCUGAAUCUCUCCAGAGGUCUCAAGUCUCUGUCAGACCCUGAAUCUCUCCAGAGGUCUCAAGUCUCUGUCUGACCCUGAAUCUCUCCAGAGGUCUCAAGUCUCCGUUUGACCCUGAAUCUCUCCAGAGGUCUCAAGUCUCUGUUUGACCCUGAAUCUCUCCAGAGGUCUCAAGUCUCUGUCAGACCUGAAUCUCUCCAGAGGUCUCAAGUCUCUGUCUGACCCUGAAUCUCUCCAGAGGUCUCAAGUCUCUGUUUGACCUGAAUCUCUCCAGAGGUCUCAAGUCUCUGUCAGACCUGAAUCUCUCCAGAGGUCUCAAGUCUCUGUCAGACCUGAAUCUCUCCAGAGGUCUCAAGUCUCUGUCAGACCUGAAUCUCUCCAGAGGUCUCAAGUCUCUGUCUGACCCUGAAUCUCUCCAGAGGUCUCAAGUCUCUGUCUGACCCUGAGUCUCUCCAGAGGUCUCAAGUCUCUGUCUGAACCUGAAUCUCUCCAGAGGUCUCAAGUCUCUGUCUGAACCUGAAUCUCUCCAGAGGUCUCAAGUCUCUGUCUGACCCUGAAUCUCUCCAGAGGUCUCAAGUCUCUGUCUGACCCUGAGUCUCUCCAGAGGUCUCAAGUCUCUGUCUGAACCUGAAUCUCUCCAGAGGUCUCAAGUCUCUGUUUGAACCUGAAUCUCUCCAGAGGUCUCAAGUCUCUGUUUGAACCUGAAUCUCUCCAGAGGUCUCAAGUCUCUGUCUGAACCUGAAUCUCUCCAGAGGUCUCAAGUCUCUGUCUGACCCUGAAUCUCUCCAGAGGUCUCAAGUCUCUGUCUGACCCUGAAUCUCUCCAGAGGUCUCAAGUCUCUGUUUGAACCUGAAUCUCUCCAGAGGUCUCAAGUCUCUGUCUGACCCUGAAUCUCUCCAGAGGUCUCAAGUCUCUGUUUGAACAGACCCUGAAUCUAAAGUCUGAAAACCAUCAGAUCAUAUUUAUGAGAAACUGGAAGUCAUUCAUCUCCGUUAUAUUUAAAAUAAUAAAUGACACGUCUUGUUGUUUCUCAGGGUUUUACUUUUAUCAAGCGUUCUUACAAAACUAUUCAAAAUGUUUAUUGAUCAUUUAUUAAAAUAUUAAUAGUAAUAAACAUUUAGAAAAGUUUCACAAAAGAAUCAGCAUCAGUAUUUAUUCAUGGGGGCUGUGUGACCCCCUGUAGUGCUACAGUGCAUGUCAACGGUCUGCUCUCAUGCUCCUAUUGGCUAGCGCUCCAACACAUUGUCUGAACUUUAAAGAGUCCCUGUUUCCUCUGAACUUUAAAGAGUCCCUGUUUCCUCUGAACUUUAAAGAGUCCUUGUUUCCUCUGAACUUCAACGAGUCCCUGUUUCCUCUGAACUUUAAAGAGUCCCUGUUUCCUCUGAACUUUAAAGAGUCCCUGUUUCCUCUGAACUUUAAAGAGUCCCUGUUUCCUCUGAACUUUAAAGAGUCCCUGUUUCCUCUGAUCUUUAAAGAGUCCCUGUUUCCUCUGAACUUUACAGAGUCCCUGUUUCCUCUGAACUUUAAAGAGUCCCUGUUUCCUCUGAACUUUAAAGAGUCCCUGUUUCCUCUGAGCUUUACAGAGUCCCUGUUUCCUCUGAACUUUAAAGAGUCCCUGUUUCUUCUGAACUUUAAAGAGUCCCUGUUUCCUCUGAACUUUAAAGAGUCCCUGUUUCCUCUGAACUUUACAGAGUCCCUGUUUCCUCUGAACUUUAAAGAGUCCCUGUUUCCUCUGAACUUUAAAGAGUCCCUGUUUCCUCUGAACUUUACAGAGUCCCUGUUUCCUCUGAACUUUAAAGAGUCCCUGUUUCUUCUGAACUUUAAAGAGUCCCUGUUUCCUCUGAACUUUACAGAGUCCCUGUUUCCUCUGAACUUCAACGAGUCCCUGUUUCCUCUGAACUUUAAAGAGUCCCUGUUUCCUCUGAACUUUAAAGAGUCCCUGUUUCCUCUGAACUUUGCAGAGUCCCUGUUUCCUCUGAACUUUAAAGAGUCCUGGUUUCCUCUGAUCUUUAAAGAGUCCCUGUUUCCUCUCCUGUUGUUCUAUAGUGUAUGUUAACGGUCUGCAGAGGCUAAAAUCCCUCCAGAGUGACACUCACGCUCCUAUUGGCUAGCGCUCCAACACAUUGUAUGUGAUAGACUAAAGGGGCGGGACAUCUCUAAGCUGGUUGACCAAUCACAGCAGAGCCUGCCAGCUAACCAAUCAGAGCAGCUCUGGUUUCAGACAGAGGGUGAAAAGAGGAGCACAGGCAGUAUGAGAACCAUAAAGAGCUUUCUGAACAUUAGAUGAAACAGUUUUAUGGUUUAAGGAAGUCUGUUUCACAUCAAACAUUAUAUAUUUAUAUUACAUCGAGUAUUCUAUAACCCAAACCGUUGACUUGCAUCCUCUCACGUUGUGUACAGAUGGAUCAGAUCUCUGUAAAUCUGAAAUAAAUGAUUUUAUUAUG